AUGGAGAGGAAUAGCAAUCCCAUUGAAGACUACUCCAUCAAUAUCUUCUCCAUUGCUAUGCAUCAGCCAGACAACUCUGAAGCCCAGGUAUCUGAUGACAACAAGACUGGUGCCACUUUGCUCUUCUCUGGUGUCUUUUUGGGGCUAGUAGGAAUUACUUUCACUGUAAUGGGAUGGGCAAAAUAUGAAGGAGUCUCUCAUUUUGAAUGGACUCAGUUGCUAGGACUGAUUCUGCUUUCAGUUGGUGUGACUUUCUUGCUUAUUGCAAUGAGCAAUUUUAAAAUGCUCACCUGUAAGCCUUGCAGUGAAAGAGAGGAAGGCACAUCAGGCGUGGACCAGACUUGUGGACAGUCAUUUGUUUUCACUGGAAUUAGCCAGCCAAUAACUUUCCAUGGGGCAACAGUGGUACAAUAUAUCCCUUCUUACCCAGCCCAGGAAGGUUUGGGUAUAAAUUCUGCAAAUUUCCACCAAGUUUGCAGCAAUCAUGGACAUCCUCUGUCUUCUGGAUCAAUCAUUCCUGAUCCCAACCCUCCCCAGUAUUAUAAUGCCUACCCAUUGGAUAACCUUGCAUUUUCUGCAGAUGAGGAUCACUCUGCUUGUCUUGCAGUGGACACCAGAAGUGAACGGUCAACUGAUAGCUUCAACGAACCCAAGGGAGCUUUGUUUGAAGAUGUUUACUGUGAUUUCUCACCUCCACCAUAUGAGAAACUGUUUUCAUUGCCAUCAUACAUAUUAAAAGGGAAGUCUACCUAACACUCCAUAAGGACUGUGCUUGUUUCUGUGAGAUAUUUAUA